AUGGGUCUUGUCUGCCCAGAACUGAUUGCCUUUACGGCGUUCCAGCAAUACACACAAGCAAAGAAGCUUACCAAAGCCAUGAACCCACCCAAAGGGUCUCGUGGCCACUCUUCACGGUGGAAAGCAAAAAGCAAGAGGUUUUGGAGACGCAUGACAUCGUGUUUCAGGCAUCGCAAGAAUACAAUGGACCUGGAGAGCUCCCUCAAGCCCAAAUGGACCAUGAUGCACAGCUUCCUUGCAGUUAUGGGCGGCUUCGUUGUUGAAAUGAAGGACCAACCCGGAAACGAUGACAAGGCGGAGAUCCAGUCCUUCCUCCCUUUGAAGUCCACUGGGACACGACGCACACGACUGACGUUGGUUCCGGAAGCCCUGCGUUUUUUCAAGGAGAAAGGACUAAACUCAUUGAUUCCCGAGCCAUCACUCGUUCACAUCCAAGACAAGAGCAAAGGAAACACCCUUGCUAAGGCUCUGGUUUGCUUGCAAGGCAAGUGCACUAUUCCCCCGGAACAAAGACUUAUCGGCCUGGCGAUAAGCCUGCUGGAACUGAACACCUUCGGACAUGCAGUGUGCACAUUGAUCAUAUACGGCUUGUGGUGGAGUAAGCCACUAAGCAUUGACGAACCAGAGAAGAUACCACUUGACACCGAGGGUAUAAGUGUGGAGGCAAAACUUCUCGCCGCUAUGUGUACCAAGAGCAAGCUGGACAACCGAGUAUCAGAAUCAGCUCAUCUCCACAAAGAUGUGCACAGUCUUGUGUUUCCUGUUGAGUCAAAGGGAACCAAUGAGCUUGAGCACAGGAUCAAUAUCAACCGAAAGGGACCAGUCGAGAGGAAGUUCGGUAUGUUUAUUGCUCGUCGGAGGGCUUUCGAGGACCUUGUGUAUUCGCCUCUGGGCUACCAUUUCUCAAACAGACACAAGACUUCCAAAGAGCCUCUUUUCCUGAAGGUGGACAAAUCCGAGGACCUCUUGUACCUCGUGCAAAUGACGCCUGCAGAAGCCAAACAACGAAUUGCUUCCGACAUGAAUCACGGUAACGAAUGGGACAGUAUCAAACUACGUGGUGCUGGAUUCUUUGACAGGCCUAUCGACGAUGCGACUCCGGAGGAACGGUUAGAGGAGAUCAGUCUGGUUGUCCCCUAUGUCAAAGUUCUUCACUCUGACGUCCGACGGUGGCAACUCUCCCUUCUCUAUCAUGGUUUCGAUACUGUCCCUCCCAAUCUCCUAAAGGAUCGCAUCGGGAACUUUCCUCGGUUUGGAGAACCCGGCACACGCUUCGGAUUUUGUUUAGGCUUCAGCAUCUUUGGGUUCAUCUAUGGUGGACUCCAUUGCGUUGCCUGGAAUGCACCUUUCUUCACCGAUAUUGAGAAGACGCUGUGGAGGGUGUCCAGCCUAACCAUAACGGCCACUAUCAUUCCGGUCUUCCUUGUCGCAUCGUGGAUCGUAUUUCCCCCGUUCUGGCAGGAUCCUUUCGGGAGGAUCACCGAGAUACACACCGUCCUUCAAAACAUCCAAGCGAACGUAAAGCCAGAGGACUGGAUCUCCCUGUUGAUAUCAUGGGUCAUGUGGAUCAUCCCCAUGCGCAAGAUUGUUCGACUGCUGCCACAACCCUGGGAGGGCUUUGACCAAGACAUGAUCAAGGGAUUAACACAUGUCGCAUACAUUAUGCUUCUCAUCCUCUUUUUCGUCUACAAGGUUAUCUUUGACACCAGUGUCAUUUUGCUUCUUAUCUUCUACACUUUGACACGGCUCUACUUGGUGGUGGUUUGCUUCAUCAACCUUGCUCAUCUUCCGGACUCCGCAUAUCUGGUGCCUAACUGGUCCAGGUAUGUACCUCAUAUCGGUUAG